AUCCCGAAUAUGGCAGAACAGAUUACGUUCGGAGUUGACAAGUGCUGUCCGAAUUAAUAUAGCAGGAUAUAUACAGAGAUUAUGUUUAAAUUGGUUGUAGCUUAAUCAUUCAUAAGUUUGAAAGGUUGUGACACAUUUUUACAAUUUGAGCGUCAUUUUUUUUCUCCCUGAAGAGUUGAAAAUUGUAGAGUAUAAGUUGAUAAACUUAUAAAAUCCGAGUGUCGGUCUAUACUAUAGUUAGGCCUAAUACUAAUAAUAAAACGUUGUAUUAACAGUGAACCCUACAUUGUAUAUACUGCAUAAACACUCGUGUGAAGUUUGAGUCAUUAGGCUUAAAGUUCCAACCUGUAAUACAGUCUACAGGCAGUAGUUCUACAUGCGUUACCGGGUAAAGCGAAAAUUUGAUAUCAGUCACUGACAUUUUGUUAACAUUGUUCCAAUGGGAAGGUCGUGUGGUGUGAGAGGUCGAUUUACAGAAUAUCAGCAUGUCUUUAGUAGAUCUUGGAAAGCAGCUUUUGGAAUCAGCUAGAAAUGGUGAAACAGAACAGGUGAGAAAUCUGAUGGCAAGUGGAGCACCCUUUACCACUGACUGGCUUGGAACAUCCCCAUUACACAUAGCUGCUCAGAAUGGGCAUGUUUCUACAGCUGAACUUCUUCUUCGAGCUGGGAUUAGCCGUGAUGCACGCACUAAAGUAGAUAGAACUCCACUACACAUUGCAGCUCAAGAGGGUCAUUUAGAUAUUGUUGAAUUACUUCUGAAACAUGGUGCAGAUGUGGAUGCAAAAGAUAUGUUGAGAAUGACUCCCCUACAUUGGGCAGUUGAGCGAGGUCACGUGGAUGUAAUUAGAUGUCUUAUCACAAGUGGUGCAAAUGUGCAUGCUGUGAGUAAGUUUGAAAAGAAACCAGCAGAUAUUGCUGCAGAUUGUAACAGGCAUGACAUUAUGAAUUUAUUAAUGAACAUGGUACCACAAACUAAAUCUGCACAAGCAAAGUCUGUGGAACAUGAGAAAAAUUCACAAGUUAAGAUGAUCACUCCUCAGAAGAAAACCCUGCUAAAGGCAAUCAAAGUUGAAUUAGUGACAUCAGGAACAACUGAGAAAACAUCUGGAGGUCCUACCACAACACAGGCGUGUUCUACGAAAAUCAUUCCAGCUAGGCCUGUUCAAUUACAUCCAAAUUUAGCUGCCUUUGCUUCUGCCAUAGCAACAUCUGGCCUUAAUAACAGUGUGAAGAACAAGCAUUGUGAAUCUGAUGAAGAUACUACUGAUCAAAGAAGUACUUCAGUAUUAGCCACUCUUGCAGCCCUUGCUGAAGCAACAGCUCCCAGUGCAACUGUGUCUACUACAGAAGCUCUUCAGUGGUUAGAAACUCAUGGAAUUACUCUACUGCCUACAGACACGUCGACUAUUGUGGCUUCAGCAUUAGAAGGGGGUCAGACAAUAACCCUUACUGAAGCAGGAAAAUUAGCCCUAGACAGUGUCAGGCAUUCCAGAGAGCCUUCUGAAGAACAGAAAGAAUUAACUACUAAAUCAGCUAAUUCACAGCGCACAUCAACUACAAUUUCUUCUGGUCAAAACUUAAUAGCUAUAGUAACGGACCAAUCUCAGCUGCCUACACUUAUAAGCAAUGCUCAAAGUACACCUAUGAUGGUAGUUGGUGGAUCAGCAAUUUCUACAUCAAGUAAGUUCAUAAUUUGACAACAGUGACACACAUUUUCAGACGUAACACAAAACAUAUUGAAUUAGGUUUAAACUUGGGUGUGAAGUGUUCUAAUAUAAUAAAAAC